AUGGUUUCUAGGGAGCAAAAAAGGGCAGCCAUGUAUAAGAAGCUGCAACUUCUUCGUUCCAUCACCAACUCUCAUGCGCAUGACAAAGCCUCUAUCGUAUUAGAUGCAUCAAAUUACAUACAGGACUUAAAGCAAAGGGUAGAACACUUGAAUCAAGACAUUGCUACAGCUGCAAGCUUUACUGGCCAGAAUUUACCCACGAUUAGAGUAGAAGAACAAGAGAAUCAUUUUCUGAUUAAGGUGUUCACCAAAAGGAAUUGUCAGGGAUUGCUCGUAUUCAUAUUGGAAGCUUUUGAAGAGCUCAGCCUUGAGGUGCUCCAAGUUAGGGUUUCUACUUCAGACAGUUUCCUUUUAGAAGCUAUUGCUACAAGAGAGAAUAAAGAAGGUGAUGACCAUGUUGAUGCUCAAGUGGUUAAACAAGUAGUAUUGCAAGGGAUACAAAAAUGGAUUGAAGUUAGUGAGCAAGAAUGA